UGGAAUUCGCCGAGUGCAACAGCAAAGUCAUCGACAGUCUUUGAACAGCCACCCGCAGCCCACCGAACGCCCCAUCGGAAGCCUACCCGGAAGGCGCCUGAUCCGAAGUGCCCAAAGUCGGAAGGCAUUCAAUUCCGCAAGACAUUACACAAACACAAACGGCGUCUUGUCUCGGGAUUUUACGGUUUCUUUGCAACCCAAGAUUGUUGUCCAGUUACACUCGAGGUUGACGACUGUGGUGUUUUGUCUAGAUGCGAGGAACGCCACUGUCGAGUGAAACCCUGGGCUACUUCUCGGACGAACCCUUCUUGCCCAAAAGGAAGUCACGUAGUCCUUCUUUCUACCGGUAGUUUUCUCCGCGGGCCGAGGCACUUGACUGGAACCUGA